AUGACAGAGCGCUUAGCUGUGCUGGAGACGGUGGCUGACUGCGCCUCUCGCCUCAGACUCCUGAGUGGUGCGCUUGAUGUUAGCAGCGUGGGGCAGGUUAGCUCUUCAGGUCUGCUUCGACUUCAGAAGGCCACACUCAGCCUGGACAUCAAGGAGUGCCUCCUUGAAGCAUGGGGUCUGGUUCUGUUGGCAAACAACCAGCCGGAUCCACAGAACACUGGGCUCCUGGACAAGCUGGUGUCUAAAGUGGAUCAGCAGCAGUCUCACAUGACGUUUCAAGGUCUCCUGGAGGUCUGUUCCAUGGUUGAGGAAGACGAAGCAGCAGGGGGAGUCCUCAUGACUCGACAGGAGCGGCUCCAGCUCAGCCGCAGGACUCGGCUUUGGCCUCUAAUGGAGGAAGUAGCUGUUCUCAACCAGCUGCGCCUCAGUGCGGACCUGCUGCUGCUGUCUCUGGGUCCGAGGGACCAGAAGGUCAAGGAUCGUCUACAACAGGAACUCUCCAGACACCUUGGUUACUGCCUUCAGAACACACCGAUGAACGUAGAACGGCUCAGGUCCUUGUUCUUCCUGCUGAGCGGCCACACGCUGGUUGAAGAGUUGUCUCUGGUGUGGUGUGAGCUGCUGUCAGAGACCCUGACUACCCUUUGGACCUGCAGCGUCACCUCACAUCCUGACCGCUGGCUCCGAUGGGACCCUGUGAGUCCAGAGAACCAGCCAGAUCCAAAGCAGCACUCGGGAGCAGCUAACUUGGGUCCAGCCUUGUUGAGCAAAGCGGUGUGGUCCCAUUGCAUGCUGGGAGUUCUGAGUAGCAGUGUAACUGGUGGCUGGGAACCCAGUGGUGCAGGUCUCAGCUCCUUGUCCCAUGGGAGUCUUGGGGAGUGGAAGGAGAGGAUCCAGCAGCUGCAGGAUGUUUCUGAGGUGUUGUGGGAAAACAUGGCCAUCCCUGCUUGGGCUGAAUUUAGGGUUUCAGACUUGAGGCUCCAGGGAGCAGUUCUGGUUCAGCAGCUUCAGAGCCUGAGCAGCCUGCUACCUGUAAGCCUUCAGGAGAGCUACCUGAAGAACUGCAGGAGCCUGCUGGAGGACACAAACCCUGUCGGUGCUGCACAGAAGAUCCAGAUGGUUCUCAGAGACCUUCCAGCUCCAGGUCUGCUGCCUGACGGUGUAGUGGAGGCUCUCGGUACCUGUCUGCAGCAAUACAUCCAAGGCAAAGGUCAAGACUCCAAGUCGCUGGCUGGUUCUGGACUCUUCUGGGUCAACAUGGGCUUGGUACAGAUCCAGCUGUGGACCCCUCAAACCAUCUUUGACCCAGCUGUGAAGAGAGCAUACAAACUCAACUAUGCUCAGCAGGAGCUGGCUCUGCUGAAGGAGGAGUGGAGAGCACGCAACUUAUCCUGUCAGCUGACGACUGGAGCAGAGCUGGAGAAAGGAAGUACCACUGAUCGUUUCCAGCAUCCUCGGAUCAGGUACCUGUGGGUCCGAAUGCAGCUGAUGAAGGAGCAGAUAGACGAGCUCUCCAGGAAACAGGCCUAUCGUCCACAGGCACCACAAUAUGGCCGACUCUUUCAGGAUCUCCAGCAUUACCUCUGCAGUGUUGGACAGAAGGCAGCGAUCCAGGAGCUGCUGUCCCACCUGCUCAAGGUCCUGCAGGGCUUUCCCCAAUCUUCCAAAUCCAAGUCAGCAGUCCAGGCCCUCCUGAAAGAGGAGGCUGUGUGGCAGAACUCCCAGCAGCGCUUCUGCCAAAAACUAAUGGAGGACUACUCAUUGUAUCCUGAUGUGGUGGACCCAAUCAGAACUGGCAUCCUCCAGCUGCGGCAUGGCAUGAGGCUUGUGGCCUCUCAGGUGGCUACCUCUCUGACACCUCUACCAGAUCUGUCCAAGCUGGUGUCCUGCCUACUGUCGUACCCCUCGGUGUCCCCCAGCCUUCCCUCCUAUCUCGCUCGAGCGGACUUUUUGUGCUCCAGGGCUUGUAUUUAUGUUCUGCACAGACUCGUGGAGCUCCUACCUCAUCAGAGCCCUGACCUCAUCCUCCCUCAGUCCUCCGCUCUGUUAGUAAAUGGACUGCUGUAUGUUCAGUGCCACGCCCUGUCAGUUGGAGAGUUUGGUCCUGAGACAUGCAGCCUCUUCAGACACAUCUGUCAGGCUCUGGUAAACGAGUGGGAUGAACAAGAGAGGCAGAAGAGAGAAAAGGAGCAGCUGGAAGCCAGUUUGUUUCUUAACCGCAGCCAAACGCACGGCUCUGGACUGACAGAGGACGAGCAGGAGGAGAAGGACUUCAGGCUCCAGUUCCCUCAGUUCAGCACGGACUUUGCAGAUAUCCUGUCCCAAAAUAGUUUGGAAGGUCCUGCAGACGCCCAACUAAAACCCGAGGACAGAGCCCCACAGGAGGCCUCUGUGGUGGGCUCUGUGUCUCAGUCUGCCAUAAACACACUGGUCCAGGUUCACCAGCGCAUAUGCCUGGGGUACGCCCGGUCACUGUGGUACCAGAGCACAGCACCAGCAGUUCAAAUUCAAGAACACCUUCAAGCCCUGAUGUCAUCUUAUCAGAUUUUAUCCCCUGUGAUGUCUCACUUCUAUCAUCUGAUUGAUUCUGCGUUGGACCAGCAGCUGGCAGGCAGCGGUCUGCUGCUUUCUGCUGUCCUGCAGAACAUUGUGCAAGGCUCAAGAGGAGCUGAAGAGCUGGUGGUCACUUCUGAAGGACCGUACGACUUCUAUCAGCAGCCCAACAUGUCUGAGGCCAGACUCUGUUUGCCGGUUCUGGAACAGCUGAGUGAGGCAGUGGUGCAGAGACUGGAGGACUGGCCUGAACACCCUGCCCUCAUACAGCUGACUAAAGUCAUCGAGAGGAUCCUGGCUUUUAGUCUGGACAGUCCACUUGCAAAGUUUCUGAAUGGUUUGGAGAUCCUGCUCAGUAAAGCACAGGACUGGGAGAAUAACGCCAGCCGAUCAGUUUCUCUACGGAAAGAACUGGAACCAGUCACACAGACAAUUAUCCAGUGGCGCAAACUGGAGCUGAAUUGCUGGUCCAACAGUCUGGACAACACAAUGAAGCGACACACUGAGAGAUCAACCAAACACUGGUUCUCCAUCUACCAGUUGCUAGAGAAGUAUCUAGAAGAAGCGAGGGAGGAGGCAAAUACAGUGUCCUCUACUCUCCAAGCCUUCAUGGAGGGCUCUACUGUGGGAGAGUUCAGCACCCGCCUGAGAAUGCUGCUCAGCUUCCACUGUCACCUCCUGCUGGCCCCCAACCAACCUGGACGAGAAUCUCUGUCCAGUCUCCUCUGGAAUCUCCAUGAAUACUACAGCCAGUUCUCCGAAAGCAUUCAGGCCAAGAUCACUCAGCUCAGACAGCCUGUUGAGAAGGAACUUAAGGACUUUGUCAAGAUCUCCAAGUGGAAUGAUGUCAGUUUCUGGUCCAUCAAGCAGUCAGUGGAAAAGACCCAUCGGACCCUCUUUAAGUUUUUAAAGAAAUUUGAGGAGGCUCUGAAUAGUCCAAGUCUUCCUGCUCUGGUAGAACAAGGAAGAGACGCAGGCGUAGACAGUGUGGAUGCUAACUUGGAAGAAAGUCCCCUCCAACAGAUUCACCGGGUCCUGAAGAACAUCCCACCAGGAACAGGCCGAGAUCUGCAGAUACAGAAUGGCGGUCCAGAUGAAGGAGUUGAAGCCUCUUCCUUACAGGCACGUCUGCCUGUUCUUUCCCGCAAAAUGAAAAAGAUCUGUAACCAGGUGCUGAAGCAAAACCAAGUGCCUGAGCUGUCUGAAGAUCUGGACUACUUUACAGGUCAAGUAGUCAGCAACCUGCAGGAGCUGCAAAGUCUCACUGCAGACCCAACAGCUGAUAAAGAAAAGCAGAAGACUGAGUUCAAGCACAUCCAGCAGCAGAAGCAGAGAGCGCUGUCAGAUCUGUUCAAGAUGCUUUCUGAAAUGGGUUUGUCAUAUCGUAAGGGCCUGAUGUGGAACAGAACAGCAGAUUCAGAGACCCCCCUGUGUCUGCAGCCCCUGGACAUCACCACUGCUCUCUCUGCUGUGAAGAACCAGGAGCCAGCUGAGAGCAUGUUGUUUACAGAGUUAAAGACUGCAUGGCAUGGAUGCCAGAAAUAUUUCUACCGUUCGUGGGCCAGGAAAACAGCCCUGCAGACGGCUCUCCAACAUGCAGCAAAGGUCACACGCUUGUCAUUUUUACACGAGAAGCAUAAAUGA